AUGGAUCGCGAAAGCCUCGAAGUGCUCCCCGCGAGCGAGCUUUCCGCGCGGUACGAGCUGAUCGACAUGCUGGGCGAGGGGCAGUACGGCACGGUGUGGCGCUGCGAGGAGCGCGACUCGGGCCGCCUCUUCGCAUGCAAGCACAUCAGCCUCACGGGCCUUGGCGAAAAGGGGCUCGCGGACUUUGGCCUGUCUCUCGCGCUGCGACCGGGGCAGCGCGUGGUGGGGUACGCGGGGAGCUUCCCGUAUGAGGCGCCCGAGGUGCUCGCGAAUAAGGCGUACGACCAAUCAGCGGACAUCUUCAGCCUCGGCGUGACUCUCUACGCGAUGCUUUCAGGCACGUGGCCCGCCUUCCACCGCUCGCGAUGCCUCGACGACGCGGUCGACUGGGAGUUACCAUGCUGGCGAAAGGUUUCGGAGGUGGCGAAGGAUUUGAUUCGCUGGAUGGUGUCGCCGCUCCCCCACAUGCGCCCGACCGCGGACGAGGUGCUUGCGCACCCCUGGUUCGCGCUCCCCCUCGGCUUCCCCGCGCAACCCGCGAGCCCCCGCAGCGUCGUCCGCACCUUCCGCACCUGGCGGCGCGAGCGGUCGCUGAAGCAGGAAGAGGAGCGACAGGCGGCUCAAAAGGAGGCUUCGCAGAAGGUUCGUCCGGUAGAAGAAGUUGCGCGCGGCGCGCAUGACACUGGCGCUUGUCGCGGCGACCAUCGCGGCGACGCGUCCAAGGCCGGACGCGUGGACAUUAUUGGUUAUCAGCGGCCCGUGCUGUCCGUGCGAUAA